AUGACUAAGCUCAACCUAGCUAAGGGGAAGCUUAAGAUGGACGGGUCUAUCAUCUCAGCCGAAUCGCGAGUCUCCAAGCUGGUGAGCGACAUUGAAGCUGCGCUUGUCCGUCUAAACAUGGAAGGUUUCGCCGAGACCGAACCCAAGCUGACUGUGGAUUCCCUGAUGGCGGCCAUCACGCCACUUGCUGUGCAGAAGCGUGUGCGCGAACUAAUGUAG